AUGAAUCAGCUAACACUCGUGUUUUGCCUGCUGCUUUGGUCUGAAGUAGAUGGAGCCUUCAGGGACUUUGUGGUGGAACCAGAGAUCGAUUCAGAAGAUAGCGAACUGGAAAAUAAUUUCCAGGACCGAGAGGGCGCUCUUGAUGAGAAUCUGCUCGUCUCGUUUCAGAGCGUAGAGCGUGAUGGCAUUGUCGAUACUCAACUGCUGUUGAAGGCUCUCAUGCAGCACGCCCAACGCCUGGGCCUGAGCUUGGAUGAAUUGGCAAGCAUGAGUUAUGGGGAGGAGGAAGACGAGGAAGCUGCCAACCAGCUGGAGUCUAUGUCCAGAAAUCAGGAUAUGAUGGGUUGUAAUUCCAGGGAUCAGGAAAUGUUUGAAUAUGCCGAUAGGCCCACAUGGCGAGAUGUUAUCUUCAACUGA